AUGAACACCGUGCCCCACAGUAUUCAUCCUCCCUGGCUUAAGCACAAAACUCAAGCUACAAAGACCCAGAACCCAGCCAACCAGACCAGACAAGCCAACAGGACCACCGUGGCCCAAAAACGACCCAGAAUCAAGGACUCCGGAAGCCCUACUCGUACAGAAACCACCACUCACAGAUCUCGGCCUCAGACCUGUGAGGAAGUCAACAAGAACCCUACGAACAAAAGGUUCCAGCCAACCCUACAGCAGUGCAAGCACCACCCUCGAAUGUAUACAAACGGCAAAUACCAGAGGCAAACAGGAUUGAAAACCAGUCUAGUACCACCACAGGUUACACUCAUAUGUAGACCUCCACAAUCUACCUUCUCUUUAUACUGUCUAUGCCAAGCCAAGACUCAGAACCAAGCUAACAGGCGGAGCAUGGUGUCGAUCCCAGAGGGAAACGAUAAUCCAGUCCUUUGA